AGCCAGUGCAGUGGCUCGUUGGUCUUGCUAAGUUUGGGGUUUUCAUCUGAAAGCAGUGACAAUUCAUUGCAGAAUUUUGGGCAGAGGAUACAAAAUCAUAUGCGUGGUUUUUAAAAGCUCUCUCUGGCCUCGGUCCAAUCCCGUUGGAAACCUCUUACCUUUGGCAAGCUCCUUAUUUCAUGAAACAACAGCUCUAGCAAGGUUUGCAUGCGGGUUUAAUAUUUGCUUUGUUUGUCUUUCCACCCUCCAGGAUGCCCAAAAGGGUUCUCUGGGAGCAACUGCAAAAGGAAAUGUAACUGUGCCCACAACGGCCAUUGCCACAGGGUGUAUGGCGCCUGCAUGUGUGAGCCAGGGUGCUGUGGGAGGUUUUGUCAUCUGAGCUGUCCCAACGGGGCCUACGGAGCUGGCCGCUCUUCUGAAUGUCAGUGUGUGGAGGAGAAUACCCUGGAAAGCAGUGCCAAAAAUGGCAGUUGCACCUGCAAAUCUGGUUACCAAGGCAACAGAUGCCAGAAAGCCUGUCCUGAUGGCCUCUGGGGACCAGAGUGCCAGUUCUCCUGUGGACCCUGUGAUCAUGGAGGUCAGAGAAAAAAAAAAAACUGGAAACUGCAACUAUCUUCCCCAUUACACAGGAAAAGCCUGUACCGUACUGGUGGGACAGAGUUAACUCGAAAACUUGAGGAAAGCGGUGGCUGGAUGGUAAGAAUGGUAUCUUUUUUUUUUACAUUACUAUUUCAAAUGUUUGACAAAGGUUAGCAAAAGUCUAUUAUUUGAAUUGUCUCUGAUGUUAUGAGGUGUGAACGGUGAUCUGAAUUAGC